AUGGACGAAUUAUACAUUGAUUUUGACAAACUCAGGGAGAGAGUUGUUUCUGUUCAUUCAAACUAUCAGAAGUUUGAGAACUCUCCAAACUCUUUGCUGUUUGUAUCUGGUUCAAGGAAAACUGAUAAUCCAUAUCAAAAGACAACAAUUUUGCAAGACUGGCUUAUUGGUUACGAGUAUCCAGCAACAUUAAUUGCAUUUUUACCUAAAAGAGUCGCCAUAAUUACAAAUGCAAGUAAAGCUAGACAUAUCCAUAAGGCGUUGGAGCAUUUUAAAGAAGAAGAGGAUGGUUUUAAGUUUGAAAUUUUAGAAAGACACAACCAAGAACCUGCUCAUAACAAAGGAUUGUUUGAAGAUGUUAUUAGUUCCAUGAAAGAAGCUGGUACUACAGUAGGUAUUUUGCAAAAGGACACUUUUGAAGGGAAAUUUAUUAAUGAGUGGAACCCUCUAUGGGAUGCUGCCGUAAAGGAGAAUAACUUUACCUUUGUUGAUGUUUCCAAUGGUCUAUCUACUUUAUGGGAGAGCAAAGACGACACUGAACAAGCUCUACUUUCUGUUGCAAGUAGAUGUUCCGAUUUGUUUAUGGAUUUCUUAUCUGAUGAAAUGGUUCGUGCAGUUGACGAAGAAUUAAAAAUUACAAAUGCGCAAUUAUCUGAUAAAAUUGAGGAUAAAAUUGAGGAUGAUAAGUUUACUAAUAAACUUGGAUCCACCGUUGGACCACUUUGUCCACCGGGUCAAAAAUAUUCUUCUGAAUUUUUAGAAUGGACUUAUUCACCAAUCAUUCAAUCUGGUGAAUCUUUUGAUUUGAAAGUGUCAGCUCGUUCAAAUAAUGAUCAAUUAUAUGGCAAUGGUUGUAUUCUAGCUUCAUGUGGUAUUCGAUACAGCAAUUAUUGUUCUAAUAUUACAAGAACAUUUCUAAUUGACCCAUCUGAAGAAAUGAUAAAAAACUACGACUUCAUGCUAGAAUUACAAGAACAAGUUGUUUCCCAAAUUAUUAAGAAGGGUAAGACACCGGCUCAAAUUUAUAAUGAAACUGUUGAAUAUAUUAAAGAAAAACGUUCGGAACUUGUGCAAAAUUUCACAAAAAAUGUUGGUUUCUUGAUUGGUUUAGAAUUUAGAGAUUCCUGUUUUAUUUUGAAUAGCAAAAAUGAGAAUCGUGCAAUUACGGGUGGACAAUGUUUUAACAUAUCCUUUGGGUUCAAUGGAUUAAAGGAUUCUAAGUCCGGUAAAACAUAUGCUCUGGCAUUGGCUGAUACAGUGCAAUUAUCUAAUGACACUAUUCCAAUUGCUAAGGUUCUAACGACUUCAACCAAGGCGCGUACUCAAAUAUCUUUCUUUUUUAACAAUGAAGAAGAUGAUGAAAAGGCAAAAAAGAAACCUGUGGUACCUGUUAAUUCUGCUGCCCAAGAUAGAAAUUCGAAGAUCUUAAGAACAAAACUUCGUGGGGAUGGUAGAUCUGGAUCAGAUGAUGCCCAAAAGGAACAAAUUCGUAAAGAAAAUCAAAGAAAGCUACACGAAAAAUUACAAAAGGAUGGUUUGGUUAGAUAUUCUGAAGCAGAUGCUAGUGUAACUGGGAAUGAAACCCAACCAUACUUCAAGAAAUACGAAUCAUAUGUACAUGAAUCACAAAUUCCAAACAAUGUACGUGAUUUAAGAAUACAUGUUGACUGGAAAACUCAAACUAUUAUUAUUCCAAUCUACGGUAGACCGGUUCCAUUCCAUAUCAAUUCUUACAAGAAUGGUUCUAAGAAUGAAGAAGGUGAGUAUACAUAUUUACGUUUGAAUUUUCAUGCACCAGGAUCUGCUGGUGGUAUAUCAAAAAAGGUAAUUGAACUACCUUAUGAUGACUCCCCUGAUAAUCAGUUUGUUCGUUCUAUUACAGUAAGAUCGAAGGACGCCGAUCGUAUCAGUGAUACCUUCAAACAAAUUGCUGAUUUGAAGAAGGAAUCUACCAAGAGAGACCAAGAACGGAAAGCACUUGCUGAUGUUGUUCAUCAAGACAAGUUGAUUGAGAAUAAAACAGGUAGAACUAAAAGACUUGAUCAAAUUUUUGUUAGACCAAGUCCAGAUACUAAGCGUGUCCCAAGUACUGUUUUUAUACAUGAAAAUGGUAUUAGAUAUCAGUCACCUUUGAGGACAGAUUCUAGAAUUGAUAUUCUGUUUUCUAAUAUAAAGAAUUUAGUCUUUCAAUCCUGUAAAGGUGAACUGAUCGUUAUUAUUCAUGUUCACUUAAAGAAUCCUAUCAUGAUGGGUAAAAAGAAAAUUCAAGAUGUGCAAUUCUAUCGUGAAGCUUCCGAUAUGUCUGUUGAUGAAACUGGUACUGGUAAACGUGGUAUGAAUAAGUUUAGAAGAUACGGUGAUGAAGAUGAAUUAGAACAAGAACAAGAAGAAAGAAGAAAACGUGCUGCCCUUGAUAAAGAAUUUAAAUACUUCGCAGAUGCAAUCGCAGAGGCAUCAAGAGGUUUAGUUACAGUUGAGAGUACAUUCAGAGAUUUAGGUUUCCAGGGUGUUCCAAACAGAUCUGCAGUGUAUUGUAUGCCAACAACUGAUUGUUUGGUCCAAUUAGUUGAACCGCCUUUUAUGGUCGUUAAUCUUGAGGAAAUUGAAAUUUGUAUCCUUGAAAGAGUUCAAUUUGGCCUAAAAAAUUUUGAUAUGGUGUUCGCCUACAAAGAUAUUAAAAAACCAGUAACCCAUAUAAAUACAGUUCCAAUAGAAUCACUUGAUUUCGUCAAACAAUGGUUAACAGAUAUGGAUAUUCCAUACACCGUUUCUACAAUCAAUUUGAAUUGGGGUACAAUUAUGAAAUCUAUUCAAGAUGAUCCACAUCAAUUUUUCUUAGAUGGUGGUUGGUCAUUCUUAGCAACUGGUUCUGACGAUGAAGCUUCUGAUGAAAGUGAAGAAGAAAUAAGUGAAUACGAGGCAUCUGAAGAAGAACCAGAAGAUGAAAGUGAUUAUUCUGAGGAAGACUCUGGAGACGCUAGUAUGAGUGACGAUGGAAGUGAGGAAUAUAGUGCAGAGGAGAGUGAGGAGGAAGGUGAUGACUGGGACGAUCUAGAAAGAAAGGCUGCUAAAGCUGAUCGUGGUGGUAAUUUCAAGGAUUGA